GCUGCCCGUCAGCGUGCGGUUGCUGAUUUGGCUCCCUUUAGGCUGGGUAGAUGUCAAAGGCUGAAAGCAUCUCCCUUUGCCACAUUAUAACGAGUAGGGGGAAUCCUCAGCAUCCAGCAUGGCUACUGCGGCGUCGAAUCCCUAUAGCAUCCUCAAUUCCAGCUCUUUGGUCCAUGCAGACUCGGCGGGGAUGCAGCAAGGGAGCCCUUUCCGGAACCCCCAGAAACUUCUGCAAAGUGACUACUUGCAAGGGGUCCCCAGCAACGGGCACCCGCUGGGCCACCACUGGGUGACCAGCCUGAGCGAUGCGGGCCCCUGGUCGUCCACCUUGACCGCCAACCCCUUGGACCAACCCGACGUGAAGCCCGGGCGGGAAGACUUGCAGCUGGGGGCCAUCAUCCAUCACCGCUCGCCCCAUGUCAGCCACCACUCGCCUCACCACCCUAACCACCCCAACGCCUGGGGAGCCAGCCCGGCUCACAAUGCCUCGCUCACGUCGAGUGGGCAGCCUCCGCCUCCUCCCCUGAACGUCUACUCUCAGGCGGGCUUCACGGUCAGCGGGAUGCUGGAGCACGGGGGCCUGACGCCCCCGCCGGCCUCCGUCACGCCGCAGGCCAUGCACCAGGUGCUGCGGGACACGCCGGAGCACGGCGAGCUGGGCUCGCACCACUGCCAGGACCACUCGGACGAGGAGACGCCGACGUCGGACGAGCUGGAGCAGUUCGCCAAGCAGUUCAAACAAAGGCGGAUCAAGCUGGGCUUCACGCAAGCGGACGUGGGCUUGGCGCUGGGCACCUUGUACGGGAACGUCUUCUCCCAGACGACCAUCUGCCGCUUCGAGGCUCUGCAGCUGAGCUUCAAGAACAUGUGCAAGCUGAAGCCGCUGCUGAACAAGUGGCUGGAGGAGGCCGACUCGUCGACGGGGAGCCCCACCAGCAUCGACAAGAUCGCCGCGCAGGGGAGGAAACGGAAGAAGCGGACCUCCAUCGAGGUGAGUGUCAAAGGGGUCCUGGAGACGCAUUUUUUGAAGUGCCCCAAACCGGCGGCCCAAGAGAUCUCCUCUUUGGCGGACAGCCUCCAGCUGGAGAAAGAGGUCGUGCGGGUUUGGUUUUGCAACCGGCGGCAAAAGGAGAAGCGGAUGACGCCGCCGGGGGACCCGCCGCAGCCGCACGAGGUGUACGCGCACAGCGUGAAAACAGACGCCUCUUGCCGCGAUCUUUGACUAUGAAGGACCCGCGCGGGGGAACGGACUAGGCAGCGGCGCGGAUCGCUGGGGCGUCACCUCCAUUGCUGCUGCUGCUGCUUCGUGUCUUCUGCCUCCCCAUCCUCAACCAGCCCAAACCAGGAUUUUUGUUAUUAUUGAUUUUUUUUUUUUGGAGGGGGGGUUAACUUUAUCUCCAUCAUCGCUUUAGGUGAAAAAAAAAAUCAAUCCGGUCAUGAGAUUCAGAACACGAAAUAAAUCCUAUUCCAUAUCCGACCGUUCAGGGCCAUCUCUUCCCCCCUUGAUCCGGGCAGCAUAUAUACAUAUUUAUAGACGCACUUUGUGUUUUUUUCUCUUUCUUUCUCAGUCUAAUCCCCCCCCCCGCGCUCCGCCGCCGCGAUUUUCUAUGCUGAACAUCAAGGCUUUAAAAAAAAUCCCGUAGGAAGACAACAAAACAAAUGCAUCUUUCUCUCUCGCUGUGUGUGUGUAUAUAUCUAUAUCUAUAUAUAUAUAUACAAAAUGUGCCUAUUAAUAACCUUUCAGCGCCUUGGUCAGAUCCGGUGCAUUUCAGGUUUUAUUUUAAGCUUGGCUGGACUUGGCUUUGCUCAUUCCUAAAUGAGACUUCCAUCUGGCCGCCUUUCGGAGGCUGGAGGUGCUUCAGUACAACCUGUAGGUAAGAUUUGUAACCUAAAAUUGAAACCCCAUUGAUCAGCUCCUUUCAAUCCCCGUCCCACAAUUACACGUCAUUUCUUUAUUUCUAUUUUAAAAAAUGGGGGACAGGGGAAAAUGUAUUCGCCUAAUUUCCCCUGCCCCCAUCAGCAGGGAAAUCUGGGAUCCUUCUUUUCUAAGCCCAAACGACAGAAACAAGAGAUGACUAGUCAGAAAAUCAGAUUUUCUUAUCCCUUCCUUCUUUCCUAUCUAUUUAAAUAAAUUUCAGAACUGUAUAGUGUCAGCAUGGACAUUCUCUCAGAGAAACCUCCUCCCCCACCUCACAACCAUAUAUAUAUAUCACCCAUCUCCAUGUCUGAUUUUGGCUUAUCUAAACAAAGAUCGAGAAUGGACACAUCACCAGAAUAACUUAAAUAUGUUUUAAAGGCCUUUAUUUUAUUUUUCCCUCUCUCGCUCUUCGUCGAUGUUUACAUAUCUAUAUCUCAGUAUUGGACCCUGGUUGGCGCCUGAAGCUAUGGUCUGUAGUCAAACGCUUUUUCCCGUGCGACUCUUCCGCUUCGGAA